AUGAAAAACCUACUACUAAUGGUAACGCUGGCUAUAUUAUUGCAGCCUACAACCAGUAGAAAUAAUAAAAUCCCCACGAUUCAAGUGGUUAACUCGCAACAGGUUCUUGAAGUAGAUCCAAGUGUACAACAUAUUCCAUUGGACAUUUCGCAAAAGGAAUUAAGACCACCUCCAGCAAAGAUUCCGAGUACUUUUCAGAUUCACAUUGGCUCAUCAGUAUUUCGAGACGGAUAUCGCUGUGGCAAGACUCUUUUUACAGCAUUAAAGCGUGCCGUGUAUCCUGAAAGACUGCGUAUUGGAAUACUUGAGCAAUUAGCAGACGGAGACCCCAAGUGUAUAGAUGAGUAUUGCAAGAUGGCAGUGGCAGAGUGGUCCGAUUAUCCUGAGUGUCGCUACAAGGACUAUAUUCAGGUAAAUAUACGACCAGCAGCUGAAGCUUCUGGGUGCACGACUGCACGUCACCAACAGCAACAAAUGGUGGGAGAUGAAGAGUUUUGUCUUCAAGUAGAUGGUCAUAGCAUUUUUACAAAUGGAUGGGAUGAAGUCAUGUUGAACGAGUGGAAAAGAAUUGACAAUGAGAUGGCUAUCUUGACAGUUUAUCCUCACAACCUGCAUGAUUUUAUCAAGGAAAAUGGAGAUAACAAUGCACCAGACUGGAUCCCACACUUGUGCAGUACGAUCAAAGGCAGCAACGGUCUUGUUCGAAUUGCUGGGGCAAGCAUUAAGAAAAAUUCGGAGUUUCCCCAGCUGGAAGCUCUGUGGGGAGGUGGUUUGUCCUUUAGCAAGUGUCACGCAGAACGCAAUGUGCUUGUGGACUCGCAUACGCCGUGGCUUUGGGAUGGUGAGGAGUUUUUGCGCUCGAUAGAUUACUGGACGCAUGGUUAUGACUUGUACUCCCCUAGUAAAAUAGGCACGGUCUUGUAUCACAACUACUCGAAGAAACCGGAGAAUUUUUGGAAAUUUUCUGUUGAUCCGUCAGUGCAGAAGCAGCUGAUGGAGAUGACGCACAACCGCGUCCGUCUCCGUAUUGGAAUGGGAUUUAAGGGUCUAGUGGACGCUUACGAGCUGGACAAAUAUAAAUUUGGUUCAGCUCGCUCGUUUGAGCAGUACAUGAAGUUUGCAAACCAAAGUCUUGAGGGCUGGAUGAAUGAGACCAAUUCCUGCGGACAGCUGCAUUGGGUCCCGUACUUGAAUGCCACUGAGGUGGAGAAAAUUGUUGGCGACGGCUGGAAAAUGAAAGCUGAUCUCACUUUUACGCCAGUUCAAUUGGCCAACGGCUUAUUUCAACAACCGUUGCACGAAGUCGUACGAGAGAUGGAGGAAGAGCAGGUAGACGAGUCAAUGCAACCUGUAGUAGACGCACACGUGAAGAACGGCGCUAAGUUAGGCGAACAUAAGCCGUCCGUGCGGCAAGCUCUACAGGUAGCCCAUUCUUUCAAGAACAAAGCGUCUAGUAUUCCGGCAUGGGGAUUGUUGAUAGUGGUGUUUGCAGCGCUCUUCGUGACGCUCUCCAAUGACAACACCUCCCAGGCAAUUCGACGUAGAUGCAUUUCAAGAUCACCUCAUCGGAGUUAUGAGUAA